UCUCACUCACUCACUCUCUGGUGUCGAUCUCUCUCUCUCUCUCAACCCUCUCUAAACCCUAAUCUCUCUGAACCGAUCGAAUCAGCCUUCUUCAGCCCCGUUUGAUCUAAUCUCAGAGCGAUUAGUGAUUCAUCUCAGAUCCAAUCUCAGAGCGAUUGGUUAUUCAUCUCAGAUUCAAUCUCAGAGCGAUUGGCAAUUUCGAAGCUCCACCGCCUCCACAUCUGCACCGGCGAGGGAAUCGAGGACCAUCGUCUACUAAGAUGAGCACCACCCUUCCCCUUUCCUCAAUGUCGUUGCUCUCGGCAAUACUAUAUUUAAAUUCAUUGAUCCUCUUGUGUAAAUUGAUGACAAAAGUUGAUCUCUUACCUCCAAGUGUCAAAGAUUUGCAGUUCAAUCGGUUUUUUAAAAACGGUUUUCUAUUAUUGGCAAGGGUAAUAGCUGUGACAUUCUGUGUAACCUUAGCAACAUCAUUGGCUGCAAGACUCGGUGCAACACCUAUGGCUGCAUUUCAGAUUUGCUUACAGGUCUGGAUAACCUCGUCGCUUCUUUUUGAUGGUUUGGCUAUUGCUGGACAGGUUAUCAUUGCUUGUGCGUUUGCUGAGAAGGAUUAUGAGAAAGCAAAAGUUGUUGCAACCCGAGUGUUGCAGGUUUUAUUUUGCAGAUGGGAUUUGGGUCUGAGGCUCGCUGUAGUUGUUGGACUCCGUUUGCAAUUUGGAUCUGGAAUAUUUACAAAGGACAAAAAUGUUGUUCACCUCAUUAGUAUAGGCAUUCCGUUUGUAGCAGCUACACAACCAAUCAAUUCAUUGGCCUUUGUUUUUGAUGGUGUAAACUUUGGAGCAUCAGAUUUUAUUUAUUUUGCAUACUCCAUGGGUCUGGUAUCUGUAGUGAGCAUUACGUCUUUAUUCCUUCUCUGGAAAAGCCAUGGUUUUGUUGGAAUAUGGUUUGGUUUAACCAUUUUUAUGGGUCUACGUGCAUUUUCUGGGAUUUUGAGGUAAUUUCCUUUGUUAAUUCUGUGAAUAAAUAGUCCUUUUCAAGCAAUUUCCCAGUUCAAAGCUGAUC